UUCUCAGAUAACAGCUCCUUCCGAGGUGAUUUUAGAUUCCAUGACUGAUCGAAACUAAAGCAUUCUGCUCGAGCUUUGCUUGCUGUCCGAUAAUUAUCGGUUCGGCUGUUAAAGUCGAGUAUUUUUCACCAUGGCGGAGAAAUUUCAGCUCAAGCUCGGUGGCUAUCCCGCAGGAUACGACGCUGCGAAACACGGACCGUACGAUCCUGCUCGCUAUUACGGAAAACCCGACACUUCGUUCUUGGAUCUGAAGCUCAACGAGAUUCCCAGUUGGUUCUCGAGACGUCAGAAGACUCCACAGGCAUUCGCAGCGGCAUGUUCAAGAGCAUUCUGGCGUUGGCAACAUAAAUAUGUACAGCCCAGACGAAGUGGCGUAGCUCCAUUUUUCCAAGUAGUAUUUGCUGGUAUGAUUGGGUUCUAUGUGCUGAAUUACAGCAAAUUACGUCAUCAUAAAAAUUACAAAUUUCAUUAAUAAUAUUAUAGACAUCUUGAUCGGAAUAAAAGGAAUCUAUGUAUCAGUUGUUUAGGAAAGAGACAUCCAAUUUGUUAGAGUGUAUUUAAAUAAACAUUCUUAGUAUGAACUAAAAAUAA